AUUAGACUGGUGGUGCCCAACCGGUGCGCAACUACUACUGCAUACGUGCAGCGAAACGGUGAUUUAUCGAUAGCUAUUGAGCGAUAGAAUAUUGAUCCAAGUGCAUCGUGCAAGCUCUAUAGUCAGGGGUGCAGUGUGCUCGAUAGCAAAUGACGGGAAAGUAAGUUCCUUCCAGCGUAGACUCGCGUAAUUCAAAGGAGCAACAUAGACCACCGAUAGACGACAAUAGUAUUUUAUUAGUGAUAGGUUGUCGAAUCUACGCGCGUGUUUGUGUGUGUGUAUCUGUGGGUGAAAGUAGGCCACGAAUACGUAAUCAUCAUCGCAGCUUUGCAUUAGGACGACGAUCGACACGCCCUGUCCUGACCUGGCAUUGACCAAUUGAACGGAAAAUCAUCCUUCGCUCAUCGCGCGGCCUAUUACAUCAUUUGAUCGUGACCAUGCCCGAAUUUGUGAUUGAAAAGCGCAAUAUUCCAGUGCUGACCGUGUCGUCGCGGGAUGGCCCGGCGGCAAGCGAGAACGGUGACAAUCCGCUCGGAUUCCGCAUCACCGGUGGCGCUGACUUCGAGAUGCCCAUCACCGUGUUUCAGGUGUCCGAGGGCAGCCCGGCCCAGAAGGCGGGCCUCCAGCUGGGCGACCAGAUCCUGAAGAUCAACGGGGCCGACGCAUCGGCCAUGCGGCUCGCCACGGCCCAAUCCGUCAUCAAGCAGGCCGGCGAACAGCUGCAGAUGAUCGUAGCAAAAGACGACGAGAACAACCGCAAGGCGGAAGAGCAGGGCCAGCCGAAGGAAACGAGCGAAGUUAAGUUCGCAGGUAAUGAGCAGGAGCCGGCGGCGGAUGUCACUAACAAACCCGCUCCCCAACCCAAAAACGACGAACGUGAAAAUUGGACGCAACCCCCGGAGCGCAAGGUAUGGCAUCCGAUCGUAUGGCAGCAGCCACCGCCCCCGAUUCCACCGGAUCUAUACGGCAAGGAUGCGCCGCACCAGCAGCUGAUCGCCAACAUCCGCCGGUUGCUGACGGAGACGCGCACCAAGCCGGAGGAGCGCCAGAAACACAUCGAACGGAUGAUGCUUUCCCUUCCCACUGGCUCCCGGCGAGAGGGCGAGGAGGAUGAGGAGGAACCAAAGCCGGCCCCGAAGCCGAAGCAGAAAAAGAAGAAGAGCAAGGCCAAGAAGGCAAAGGCAGCACCGCGAACCCGCCUGGACAGCGAAACGUCCGAGGAUGGGUCCGUCUCGGAGCUGACGGGUCCGGCCGCUGCCGAACCGGCCGAAGAUCCGAUCCCGGAGGAAGCUAGCGUCGAGGCUUAAGGGAUGCAUGAAUGGUUCGCCAACUCCCCCUUCCUACGCACGCACAGUGGCACACACAUGGUUUACUGUUAGGCGUAAAUAACAAACUUCUAUCUCGUAUUUUCCAGCAAAUAGGGCACGCGCAUAUAGGGAGUGUAUUAAAACCUGAACCGAUUUUUUUUGUUUUGUUAAACUCGUUUGUUCCGCUUUGAUCAGUGUACUUAACACCUCCGAUUUGUUCUGAUGUUGAAUAAAAUCGUUCUCUUUUUUUCGUA